AUGAAUACUUUCACUAAACCCCCUGAGAACAAUAACCCCCUGAGAACAAUAACCCCCCUGGGAACAAGAACCCCUCUGAGAACAAGAACCCCCCCUGGGAACAAUAACCCCCCCGGGAACAAUAACCCCCCGGGAACAAGAACCCCCCUGGGAACAAUAAACCCCCUGAGAACAAUAACCCCCCUGAGAACAAGAACCCCCCCUGGGAACAGAAUCCCCUGGCAACAGAACCCCUGGGAACAAGAACCCCUGGGAACAAGAACCCCCCUGGGAACAAUAAUCCCCCUGGGAACAAGAACCCCGGGAACAAGAACCCCGGGAACAAGAACCCCCGGGAACAAGAACCCCCGGGAACAAGAACCCCCGGGAACAAGAACCCCCGGGAACAAGAACCCCCGGGAACAAGAACCCCCGGGAACAAGAACCCCCCCGGGAACAAGAACCCCCGGGAACAAACCCCCCCCCGGGAACAAGAACCCCCCCGGGAAAAAGGGAACAGAAUCCCCCUGGGAACAGAAUCCCCCUGGGAACAAGGGAACAGAAUCCCCCUGGGAACAGAAUCCCCCUGGGAACAAUAACCCCCCUGGGAACAAGGGAACAAGAACCCCCUGGGAACAAGGGAACAAGAACCCCCUGGGAACAAGGGAACAAAACAAGAACCCCUGGGAACAAGGGAACAGAAUCCCCUGGGAACAGAAUCCCCUGGCAACAGAACCCCCUGGGAACAGAAUCCCCCAUGAACAGAAUCCCCCAGGAACAGGGGAACAAGAACCACCCCGGGAACAAGGGAACAAGAACCCCCAGGAACAGGGGAACAAGAACCCCCCAAGGGAACAAGAACCCCCAAGAACAAGGGAACAAGAACCCCCAGGAACAAGGGAACAAGAACCACCCUGGGAAACGGGAACAAGGAACAAGAACCCCCAGGAACACCCGGAACAAGAACCCCCAGGAACAAGGGAACAAGAACCCCCAGGAACAAGGGAACAAGAACCCCCUGGGAACAGGGAACAUAACCCCCCUGGGAACAAGGAACAAGGGAACAAGAACCCCCAGGAACAAGGGAACAAGAAUCACCCCGGGAACAAGGGAACAAGAACCCCCCGGGAACAAGGGAACAAGAACCCCCAGGAACAAGGGAACAAGAACCCCCAGGAACAAGAAACCCCAGGAACAAGAACCCCCCAGGAACAAGGGAACAAGAACCACCCCGUGGACAGUGGAACAAGAACCACCCCGGGAACAAGAACCCCCCAGGAACAAGGGAACAAGAAACCCCCAGGAACAAGGGAACAAGAACCACCCUGGGAACAAGGGAACAGAAUCCCCCUGGGAACAAGAACCCCCCAGGAACAAGGGAACAGGAACCCCCCAGGAACAAGGGAACAAGAACCACCCAGGGAACAGGGGAACAAGAACCCCCCCAGGAACAACAAGGGAACAAGAACCCCCAGGAACAGGGGAACAAGAACCCCCAGGAACAAGGGAACAAGAACCCCCUCGAACAAGGGAACAAGAACCACCCCGGGAACAAGGGAACAAGAACCCCCCAGGAACAAGAACCCCCCAGGAACAAGGGAACAAGAACCCCCUGGGAACAAGGGAACAAGAACCCCCUGGGAACAAGGGAACAAGAACCCCUGGGAACAAGGGAACAAGAACCCCCAGGAACAAGGGAACAAGAACCCCCAGGAACAAGGGAACAAGAACCCCCUGGGAACAGGGAACAAGAACCCCCAGGAACAGGGAACAAGAACCCCCUGGGAACAAGGGAACAAGAACCACCCCUGGGAACAAGGGAACAAGAACCCCCCAGGAACAAGGGAACAAGAACCCCCCAGGAACAAGGGAACAAGAACCCCCAGGAACAAGGGAACAAGAACCCCCCAGGAACAAGGGAACAAGAACCACCCAGGAACAAGGGAACAAGAACCCCCCAGGAACAAGGGAACAAGAACCCCCAGGAACAAGGGAACAAGAACCCCCCAGGAACAAGGGAACAAGAACCCCCCUGGGAACAAGGGAACAAGAACCCCACAGGAACAGGGAACAAUAACCCCUGGGAACAAGGGAACAGAAUCCCCCAGGAACAAGGGAACAAGAACCCCCAGGAACAGGGAACAAGAACUCCCUGGGAACAAGGGAACAGAACCCCCAGGAACAAGGGAACAAGAACCCCCCAGGAACAGGGGAACAAGAACCCCCUGGGAACAAGGGAACAAGAACCCCCAGGAACAGGGAACAGGGAACAAGAACUCCCUGGGAACAAGGGAACAAGAACAAGAACCCCCAGGAACAAGAACCCCCUGGGAACAAGGGAACAAGAACCCCCAGGAACAAAACCCCCUGGGAACAAGGGAACAAGAACCCCCCAGGAACAAGAACCCCCAGGAACAAGGGAACAAGAACCCCCAGGAACAGGGAACAAUAAGGGAACAAGGGAACAAGAAACCCCCAGGAACAAGAACCCCCCAGGAACAAGGGAACAAGAACCACCCCAGGAACAAGGGAACAAGAACCCCCCAGGAACAAGAACCCCCCAGGAACAAGGGAACAAGAACCCCCCAGGAACAAGGGAACAAGAACAAGAACCCCCUGGGAACAAGGGAACAAGAACCCCCCAGGAACAAGGGAACAAGAACCACCCCAGGAACAAGGGAACAAGAACCCCCCAGGAACAAGAACCCCCCAGGAACAAGGGAACAAGAAACCCCAGGAACAAGGGAACAAGAACCCCCAGGAACAAGAACCCCCCCAGGAACAAGGGAACAAGAACCACCCCAGGAACAAGGGAACAAGAACCCCCUAGGAACAAGAACCCCCUGGGAACAAGGGAACAAGAACCCCCCCAGGAACAAGAACGCCCCCAGGAACAAUAAUAAUAAUAUAUGCCAUUUAGCCACUUUUAUGUUUACAGUCAGGGCAACAGUCCCGGGAGUGAACCCCCCCAGGUAUUCUGCCAUGCUCUACCAACUGUUUAGGAACAGGGAACAAGAACCCCAGUGGGAACAGGGGAACAAGAAUUCAGGAACAAGAACCCCCUGGGAACAAGGGAACAAGAACCCCCGGGAACAAGAACCCCCUGGUCAGGGAACAAGAAUUCUGCCCCCAGGAACAAGAGGGAACCCACAGAACAAGAACCUGCCACCCCAGGAACAAGAACCCCCCUGGGAACAAGGGAACAAGAACCUCCCCCAGGAACAAGAAUUCCCUGGGAACAAGGGAACAAGAACCCCUGUUUAG